AUGUCAGUGCACUUCACCUGUAUCAUCCUCCCGACCCUCGUCGGCGUGGUCGCUGCCUCGCCCAUUGCCAGGUCAUCUGCUAUCGCAGCCGUUGAGAAAAGGGGCGUCUUGAUUUCUGCAUGGCUGGCUGUGCCGCCGCCUGCACUUUCUCGGCCCCGCUGCGCUGCCUGCCUGGUUGGGUGUAUGGGAACUGCUGACGAUGGCGGCGAGAUUGAUCUUGACAGUGCGACCACGGAGGCUUCUUAG